CAAAAAGGAAAAGUAAAUAAUGAAGGGAAAGGGGAAAACUGCCAAUGACAAAGACUGUCCUCUGCAGUUCCCUGACCUAGAACCAGUGGACCAUGUUACCCAAUGUCCAAAGUACACCCACAUUCUGUCUCGGUCUGAGGAGGAUGGUAUUGGAGUCGAAGAGCUGGACUCAAUCCAGUCAGACCUCGAGACUCUAUUAGCGGCAGCAGGUCUAAGACUAAAACAGCUGGAAAACGAGAAACAAAUUCUAGUCAACUGGGCAGACAAGAAAGAUAUCAAGGGUUUUAAGGCCGGCAAGUCUGAAGCUCCUGUUUCUGGUAAAAGAGGCAAAGUAAUUGAAGACAAACCGAAUAAGAAAUUUAAAAGCUCUGAGAGUGGUAAAGGAUCUCAUCCUACUCCCCCAGGUCCAGGACGACCCAAGAGUAAAAUUGCUCAGACAAAAGCUCAGGAAUUGGACUUCUCAGCUGAUUCUCCAUUAGAUUUACCUCGGCUACCAAAGAAUGAUGCAGUUAAUCGAUUUUGGGCCUCAGUUGAACCAUAUUGUGCAGAAAUAACAAAUGAGGACAUCAAAGUCCUGGAGGACAUCCUUACUAGUCAUGAUGAGGAGGCAGAUUAUUUCAGAGUUCCUCCCCUUGGGAAGCAUUAUGCAGAGAAAUGGGCAGAGGAGGACCUAUUGGAGGAGCAGAGAGAUGGGUCUAAAAUAAAUGACAAGAGGAGAGGACAGAAUAACAACAACAACAACAGCCUGAGUAACUCCAAUGAUGCAACAACAUUACUGAAAAAAGCAGAACAGAGCAACAUGGAGGAAUCUCCGUUUGGACCCCUGACUCAGAGACUAGUGUCAGCCCUGAUUGAGGAGAACAUCAUGACCCCCAUGGAUGACACAAUGAAUGAAAUCACAGGAGGAAAAGAAUCUCCAGAGGAAGCACCUGCAAUUUCACCCCGAGUUUUGGCAAAGCAGCUAAAUAUUGGUAACCCUGCUCACCUGGAGAAGAGAAUUAGAAAGGAGCUGGAGGAACAAGGAAUACUUGAUUGUGAUGAUAAGGUAGAUGAUAAUCCAGACGAUGAAAUUCUGACAGAACUCCGACAAAAACAGCAGGAGCUGAAGGCGGUUAGUCAGUAUGUGGUGUCAGUCACAAAAACCCUACUGGAUAAAGCUAAGGAGGAGGUCAAAAAACAGGAGCUGAAAAAGAAGCUAGCCACCGCUGAUGCUGAGGUACUGGAAGCAUACAGAAAAGUCCAGGCUACCAGACAGAAGAAGAAAACCCCAACAAAGAAGGAGAGAGAUGCUGCUUGGAAAGCCAUCAAAGAAAGGGAGACAAUCAAACGACAAAUAGAGGGAAAAUUUAAGUGACUCUUACACAUUAUUAAUAUUGUUAACAUUCUAACAAAUCAUAAUAACUUCAAUCGUGAUCGAUAGGGCAGCCAAUGUGUUUUGAAAAUAAGCAUUCAAAAUACUUAAAUCACUCAACAAGAUGCUCUUCAGUUCACUUUUCUCAACAAUGGCAGACACUUGCUUCACUGAGAUAAACAUGCCCUGUUUCAAAUUAACAGAAGGUACAAAUCUAACUGUUGUAAACUGAGUCAACAUCACUUGGAGCUUCACAAGUGUAAUGAUAUGUGUGUAUGCAGUAAAAUUUGUGACAACUACAUGUCUCAUAAAAAUGGUUUUGUUUAAUGUGCAUUGGUAAUGUUAUUAUAUGUAUACAUGUUGUGAAUAUGUGCUUUAGAAAAAUGAUUUUAUCUGCACUUUCAUGUGCCAGAUGUUAUUAUAAAUGGAUAUAUACUAUGUAUAGAUGUACUAUGUAGUCUACAAUUUUUUACUGUAUAUCGUAUUAUUUUGAAUCCAUAUGCAAUGUUAUUAUAAUGUUGUUGGGAAUGGAAAUAAAUUGAAUUUUUGAAAUAUCAUUA